GCAUUACCGUCCUUUCCUGUCGUGUAGGCCUAUGGUUUUGGAUUUAGAACUAUGUUUGUCUGUAAUGCAGUAGCAGCAAAUAUUAAUAUUUGUGUAGAUAAAGUCGGAAUUCAAACCCUGUUUUACAAGUAUAUUCCUCCAUUUUUAAGACUUUGCUUUUUUUGAUCUAUCAGUGAGUUUGUUCUGGAGUGUACUUUAUUGAUCGAAUAAUUAAGAAGAGGAUUGUUUGUCGUGUUUUUGCACAUUUUUGUGCGUCGUGAUGGCAGCAAUGGAAGGCUACUCGAACGUCGGGAAUGCAGGUGGCAGCGGAACCAACUUCGACGACCUGGACCUGGAGGGAGGCAGCGUCAUCGACGAAUGGCAUGAGGGAGAUCCUGAUCUGCAGAAAGAGGACUUCAGGGAGACUGAGAAUAUCAGGUAUUUACUGAAGAAUUGUAAUGUGCCACUGGAUAAUGGUAGAAAUGGACUCGUGUUCUCGGCCGACUACUCUAAGCAAGGUGCAAGUUACACUUGCCACGUAUGCAGCGCCAAGAUGCGUGGAGUCAAGGAGUUCAAUAUGCACGCCAACAGUCAGAACCACUGCUCUUCAAUGGAUAAACCCAAGCAUCCAGCUAAAAACUUCCCUAUUCUUUACGAGGAAGAACUGGAGACUCGAAUCGAAUUGGGAGAGCCAGCGCCACCAGGCAUGGAAAAUGAGACUCAAAUAAAGCCGUGCAAAAUUCAAGUACAACUUGAUUCUUUCCGGUCCGUGCCAAUAAUUGGUCUGGAGUACCUGAUUGAGCUGACGGAAGCUGGAGAUGUCCAAGCGUACUACUGCUUACUGUGUGACAAGCAAGGCAUUACAAAUAACAUACUCAAACAUUUCACUUCUGUCAAACACUCCCUCAACUAUCUGGUAAGUCAUCUUUAUUUCUAUUCCAUAUACAAGGAAAAGUAGCUAAAACUCUGUUAAAACAUGUGCAUUGAUGACAUUG